AUGGUAGUAGUUGUGGUGAUGGAGAUGGAGUGGUGGUGGUGGAGUAAUAGUGGUGACAGAGGUGGUGGUGGUGGUGGUGGUGAUGGAGUGGUCGAUAGUGGUGGUAGUGGUGGUGGUGGUGGUGGAGUGAUAGUGAUGGUAGUAGUUGUGGUGAUGGAGAUGGAGUGGUGGUGGUGGAGUAAUAGUGGUGACAGAGGUGGUGGUGGUGGAGUGAUAGUGAGCGAUAGUGGUGGUGGUGGUGGUAGAGUGAUAGUGAUGGUAGUAGUUGUGGUGAUGGAGAUGGAGUGGUGGUGGUGGAGGAGUAAUAGUGGUGACAGAGGUGGUGGUGGUGGUGAUAGGGUGGUGGUGGUGGUGAUGGAGUGGUGGUGGAGUGAUUGUGGCAGUGGUGGUGGAGUGAUUGUGGCAGUGGUGGUGUUGGUGGUAGAAUGA